AUGAAUUCGUACCUCCUCAAUAGGGCCCUAGGGUCCAUCACUCCGUCUGAUUUUCACGUUGCUUUGACAACCCGACUGGUUCAGCAUCUAGAGCCAGCUCCCGGCCUUCGUUUCUCCAGUCGCAAAGACCCUGGAUCCGGCGCAGGAGAUGCGCAGAUCGGUUGCGACGAUGAGAUCUACGCUCAUAAAGCCGGCGUGAACGUGCUUGCUAUCGAUCAAUAUGAUGGCCGAUUCAUGGUCUCUGGCGGCGCAGAUCCCUCGAUCCACCUGUGGGAUCUAGAAAGUCGAGGCUCGCAGCUAUCCCAUACUCAUCGAUCGAUCGUAUCCAUCAACAAGUCGUCGCAUGAGGAUGCUCAUACGCGCGCCCUCACUUCUCUCUCGAUAUACCCCUUCGAUCCGACGCCAUCGACCGUACUGUCAACAUCACACGAUGGGACUCUGAAGCUCUCCGCCCUAGAGCCUACGGGCAUCACGCCGGUGCAUACGUUCAACCUCGACUGCACACCCUACGCGCAUUCCAUGUCCGCACAUAACGGAUCACCUCUCCUUAUCGCCGUGGGCACUUCCGAGAAGCCUGUCCGGCUGCUAGAUCUACGCUCGGGUCUCUCCACACACGGUCUCCCAGGACACACCUCUUCCGUCCUAUCGGUGUCAUGGGCUCCUCACCGACCACAUAUCCUAGCCUCCGCGUCGGCCGACCACCGCGUGAUUCUUUUCGACAUUCGUCGCGGCGGACACAACUCCGCCAUCGCUGCACUGGAUAUGGACGAUGCCGUGGGCUUGGUUCCGCCGCACACAGCCCCGCCGGGCUACGAAAGCCGCCCAGCCUACUCCCCGUACGUGCGAGCGCACGGCGGUGCGGUGACUGGCGUCCGAUGGACCUCCAACGGCUCGCAUCUCGUUACAGCGGGUCAGGACGCGCGCAUUCGCGUCUGGGACGCCACGACGGGCGCCAACACCCUCGUGCACUUCGGCCCACGAGUCCGCAAUAGCGUUUCAUCACACCUGGCCGAACGAGCGCCAUUAGUGUUGCCAAAAGGGGUGAUGGACGCCGGUCAUGAGACGCUGCUCUGGCCAAAUUUCAACGAGAGGGACGAUCGCGGCGAGAUCUUCAUGUUCGAACUCCGCGAAGGGACAUUCAUCAAGCGGUUGCGCGUUCCAGGACUUGCGAUCAACGCCCAGAGCAUGCGCGGCCGAUCUAGUGCACUCAGCGCCGCGCGGAUCAACGCUCUCGCAUGGCGUGGCAACGGCGCUUCAGGCGAAGGAAUUGAAAUGUUCUCAGCGCACGGUGAUGGCACGAUCCGAACAUGGGUGUCUCGAGAACCGGAAGGCGAGCCAGACGAGGAGCAAGAAGCGGAACAGGCUGAUCGAAAACGAAAGCGCGAUGUUCUCGAGGAGAUCUACCAAGGUUUUGUCAGCUGA